GCGUUUUAUUCAGCCCUGCCCCCAAAAAAAAGACCUGAACCAAGGUGCUUCCACUGGAAACCCCACUCCAAACCCCACGGUUCCUGGUUAGGGGCAGCUGGCAGCAGCGAGCCGAGGCCACCGCACCACCACGGCCAGCAGCUCGAGCCAGGGACCAGGACUUAUCUUAAACAUGAGGAGCUAACGAGCUUUUCUCUGGGUCGAGCUUUUCUCUGUGUCGAGCCAUCCCAUUGAAAAAUCCCGCUGGAGGGCUGAUGUGGCAUGCGAUGGGUACGGCACACACCCGGGAUGUAAUGCAAUGGGGUCAGCAGUGCUGAAAUUGCCUUUCUUUCCCCUUUUUGCAUCAGCAGGGGGUGGGGGAGGAUGAGGCAUCCCCUGUGGACCACCAGCACAGGAUGGGGCUGGGGGUGGGAGCUCAGCCCAUGUUUGCUGGGGGGGAGGUGGGCGAGAGCAUCCCGCUGUGCUCCCCGGCCCCACCGCGUCCCCAACUGGCACUUGGGGACACCAGAGCGAGCCCAACGGGGACCCCAACCCCGUGUGUCCCUGGGGUCCCCGUGGUGGCAUUCUCCUGCUCUGCCCACAUGGCAGGGACAAGCACGGAGGCCUCUGCUUGAUGAAGCAUCCCCAGGUCCCACCCCAAAAAAAAAAAAACCCUUUGGGAUUUUUCUUUGCCCCUCUUUAUGGAGAGAGGCGGCUCGGCACGAUGCAACCCCAUCGCAAGGCCCGGCGGCGCUUCCUUCAAAGCACCUCCUCCUCCUAUACGUUGCCCUGAUUUCCAGCAUCUUGCUGUUGAAAAAUGGCAGGGGAGGGUUUGGCAAAGGAGCUCUCGCGCAGAUUAUUCAACAAUUGUUUCCCAUUUUGCGCCCUCGCCUGCCUCAUCCUCCAGUAACAAUGACGAAGAGCGGCGUGGAGCCAGCGCCCGCGGCAGGGGUGUUGAGAUCAGGGACAGCACAAAAAUAUCUUCUCUCUGGAACAAAUAUUUACCAACCCUUCUGCCUUUUGUUCUUGUGGUUCUCAUAUUUUUUUUCCAGACAUUCACUGGCAAAAUGUCACAUUAAACAGCAACCCAGAAACUUCGGGGUAGCUGCUUGGCUGCUCUGGGCUUUGUUUUUCUCGCGCGCUAAUUGUUAAUGAAUUUCCAGCCAUUCAAGCCAACACAAACCUGUGAGAAAAUGAUCUUUUCGGCCUGAUUUCGGAGCUUUAUGGGGCUUUGCGGAGGCCGGGCAGUUGCCGAGCAGAGCGCACAUCAUCCCCAAGCCACGCAUGGCGCUGCUUUGGGUUGCGAUGGGCCGGGAGCCGUCCCCGGCCGGCCGGAGGCAGCGCGGGAGCCUUGGCAGAGCUCAGCCGCCUCCUGCAGAGCGCCCGCGUGGGCCCCCACCCCUCCUGUGGCACCGAGCACCCGUGGGACCCUCCCCAGCCCCGGCCCCGGGGGCUCUGCACAGCUCCGAGCCACGGCUUUGGGGUUUGGAGAGGUCCCGUUGUGGGCACAGGGGCUGGAGAGGGGGGGAAGCGGGCGCACACCACGGUGCACCCCUCAUUUCCAGCACUGCUGUCGGCCCCGCGGGCUCCUCCGCCACCCCCCAGCAGAUUUUUCCUCUUUUCCUCUCUCUUUUCAAAAUCCUAAAAGCCUCGCGCCCGCUUUUUAUGGUGGCCAAGCAAGAGCGCACGGGCGAUGUCUGAGCAUUGCUUUGAAGGAGGAGAGAAGGGGGGGGAAUAAAAGUCACUUCUUGCGGCACAGCAGCCCCCAUCCUCGGUUAAAAAUUAACCGUGGCCAUAAAAUCCCUGAGAUAGCAGCAGAGCACGGCUCACCCCGUGAGCUCUCCCGGCGCGGCCGGGCUGCCAUCCCCUGCCCCGUGGUCACCGUCCCCUCCUGUGCCACCCCCUGCACCGCGGCACCGCGGUCACCGUCCCCUCCUGCCACAUCCGAGGAUGGCCACGCCGCCCCCCGCCAGCGCCCGCCGCCUCCUGCCCCUCUCCCUGGGGCUCUUCCAGGGCGCCCUGCUGCUCUUCUUCGCCCUCUUCGCCACCUACGACGAGCCCUCGGCCGCGGCCACGCAGGAUGAGGAUGGCACCCGGGCUGUUGAGCAGCUCCCCAACCUCUUCCCCCUCUUCCAGGACAUCCAGGUGAUGCUGGCGGUGGGGCUGGGGCUCCUGCUGGCCUUCCUGCCCCGCUACGGGCUCAGCGCCCUCGCCCACAAUUUCCUCCUGCUCAACGUCUCCACGCAGUGGGCGCUGCUGCUGCAGGGCGUGCGCCACGGCCGGCUCCGCCUGGGCCUCCACAACGUCCUCGCCGCCGAAUUCGCCGCCGUCACCGUCCUCAUCUCGGUCGGGGCCGUCCUGGGCAGGACGAGCCCCUGCCAGCUCCUCGCCGUGGCUUUCUGCGAGGUCCCCGUCUACCUCGCGAGCGAGUGGCUCGUCGUCACCCAGCUGGGCGUCCGCGACGUGGGGGGCACCAUCACCAUCCACGUCUUCGCCUGCUAUUUCGGCCUCGGCGUCUCCAAGGCUCUGUUUGGGACGGAGAGGCGGCCGGCGCAUCCCAAGGAGACCCCAACGCCCCGAUCCGACCUCCUGGCCUUGGUGGGGACGCUCAUCCUCUGGGUUUUCUGGCCCAGCUUCGUGGCUGCGCCGUGCCAACCGGGCGAUGCCCAGCACCGGGCCAUCCUGAACACUUUCCUAGCCCUCAGCGCCGGCGCUGUCACCACCGUGGUGGCCUCCAGCCUGCUGGAGAGCGGCGGCAAGCUCAGCCUGGGCCACCUGCAGAACGGCAGCCUGGCCGGAGGGGUGGCCAUCGGUGCUCUGGCCGAUGUGCCCAUCACACCGGCGGCCUCCCUGGCCCUGGGCAGCCUCUCCUCACUCGUCUGCCUGCUCGGUUUCCGAUUUCUCACCCCAUUCCUGGCGAGGAGGCUGGCGCUGCAUGACCAGUGCGGCAUCCACAACCUCCACGGUUUGCCGGGCAUCCUCGGCGCGGUGGCGAGCGCCGUGGCUGUCCUGGUGGCCUCCAAGGACACCAAGAGGUGCCAGCUGUCCCACGCCGAUGGCAGCGGGGUGGCGGGGGAUCUGUGGGGUUGUGGUGGUGGCAGGCAGGCGCUGUGGCAAGUGGCAGGGCUGGCUGUGGCCCUUGGAGGCUCGCUGCUCAGCGGGAUGCUCACCGGUGCCGUGCUGCGCCUGCCCUGCCUGGCCCCGCCGCCCGAGCCGCUGUGCUUCGAGGAUUCACUGAAUUUCAGGAUCCAGGAGCAGGCUGAGAGCCCAGGGAUGGGGGACACAGCCGAGGAGGUGGCCCUGAAGGAGCAGGUUUAGGCACCCGGAGCCCUCUCGUGCCAAACACUCAGUGCCAAGGCAGUGCUGCAGCGUGCGCCCCUUCAACAUCCUCCCACCCCGAGGCUGCAGCUCCCUUCCUCUGCGCCUGGAAACCCCAGGAGCUGACCAUCCGUCUCCACAGCCAUGGAAAAAACAUUCUCAGGGUUUAUCUCCCCGGAUGGCUCACCCCUGGGUGCUGGCCUGGGAUGGCAAACAUCCCCCUGCUGCCUCGGGCUCCUCCACCGCCUCGCUCCUGGCUGGGAACAGCAACGGGGUGGAGAGGAAAUGACCACAAGCAAGGGAUUUUGUAAGAGAUUUUAUCACCUGUGCUGCACUGGACAAUCUAACCUCUGCCAGGACUACGUGGCAAAUUGCUGCAGAAACCUCCCUUUUUCACCACAAUGAGGCCUGAGCAUGGAGAGGGGCUCAGAGAGCCAGGACGCACGGAGCACCCGCACCCCACAGCACCUUUCCCUGCCCCAAAACCAGGACUGGGAGAGCAGGAAGGCAGCGAGGGGGCCAGAGGAGCUUGGGGACCCCGAGGAAAAGCAGCAGCCCCAUCCCACGUGGCAGGGAACGAGCUGCUGCCACCCCACUGAGGACAAAACCAGAGGCUCACAGGCACCAAGCCGCGAGCGCGGGGCCACAUCCUGCCCGGAGAGCGCCGUGAUUCAGAGCCCCCCGGCUCCGUGAGUCACCGCGCCCCUGCUCCGCUGCCACAAAGACAACGCCGGAGAUGCUCAGGGGCUCCGGAGAGGGCUGAGGGGGCCAAAAAUCCCCCCGCCACCCGCUGCAGGGAUGGGGGCUGUGGGCACGGUGGCCCUGCGCACGGAGCCGGGCUCGGCGGGGCUGGAUCCCCUCUGCCUGGCGCGGCCCCAGGCAGAGCCGACACCAAGAGCGAGGCUGGGGAAUUCGUCCUCCAAUAAUCACAAACAGGCUCGGGAGCCCGGGCGUGUUUGGUUAAUUGUUAGAAUAAAAUAUUGUUCAGCUCUGA